AUGCAACCAAUAUACUCAGACCCUCCACCAAAGAUUGAUGAGAGCGAAUUAGCAUACAAAGAAAUACAGAAUGCCUUUUACGUUGUUAAGAACAUUAAUGGUCAAAAACUUCCUGAUGAGAAAUGGUUAGACCCAAUAACUAAAGCAGGAGAAAGAUUCAUUAUGUUUAACAUUGACCAAUACAGUCCAAGAGGAAAAGAUUACUUCAACAAGAUGUUUCCAAGAGUUAUGGCAAAGUUCAUUGGACAGAUAGACCUUUUCAAACAGAAGUGGACAUUCUAUUACGACUUUGAUGAGAAGAGAAACAUUUUGCGUCAUUUGAACAUCAAUACAAUGGGAUCAUUAGUUCAUCAGUUACUUAAUGAAGCUCCAAUAGCAGAAGUACAAGAAUUAGCAUCUAAAGUCCUUGAAUCAAACUAUGACUUCUUCCUUUGUAGUAUUCCUUCGUUAAGGAAGAUCGAGAUCUUUGACUAUACAGCUUAUUCAGAUGUUGAUGCUUCUGCUUUGAGAAAAGGAACGUACACACCAUAUAAACUCACAGCUGAAGAACAAGUUAUGUUAGAUACGAUGAGAGCAGCAGGUCAAGAAAAGAUCGCACUCAAGAUCAUCAAACAAAACCAUUCAAAGAAGAGAAACAGGUCACGUAAUGGUCAGCUUUGGACAUGGACAUGCAAAUUACCUAUUAACUUAGAGAGGUAUCAGAUCUUCAACGAACUUAAUGCAGAGACAGCAAAGAAGAUGAUGAAAGAUUCAUGUUUCAUCUACGCUUGUAUUCAAGCUGGUGUUGACGAAGCAACAAUUAAUCAUAUGAGGGAAAUCAUUCGUGUCAAAGAUUUUCCAAUGUCAAAGAUUAAGGUUAUUGCCAAAGAAACAGGAAUAAGGUUCCAUGUCAUCAAAUACAACGAGAAGUAUUCAAAUCAUUCAUAUACUUAUGAACCAGAUGAAGAACCAAAGAUGACAGUAGAACUUUUAUUAAUGUAUGACCACUACAU